UGCAUUGCAGUUCAGAACACGAGACGCCGCCAUUUUGGAGUUUUAGAAAUGGCAGCUGCUUAGGUCUUUUGAGAUUCUUUUUAGAAUAUCGUAGGAACGAGUCUUAUUUUCGUUAAAAAAGAUGACUCAAUACUUACCGCCAAAUCUGUUGGCACUUUUCGCGCCGAGAGACCCCUUACCUUUCGCCCCACCACUAGACAAACCCUCGUGGCUGAAGAAGACGCCUUGGCUGUAUUCCGGUGUAGGGUCCUUUCUUCACGUGUUUGAGGAUCCUAAAGACACACCAGAUCCAACAUUUGGAGAAACAAGGGAAGAAAAAAUUGAACGAAAGAGAAGAGAAAAACAGGAAAGAGUUGCCCAGGAGCUUGAAGAAAAGAUAGGUUCAUGGGACCCCCAAACUGACCCAAAUGCCUAUGGUGAUGCAUUCAAGACACUUUUUAUUGGAAGAAUUAAUUAUGAUACAUCAGAAUCCAAACUAAGACGGGAAAUGGAGAUGUAUGGACCUAUAAAACAUAUUAGUAUGGUGUACAAUUCAAAAGCAUCAAAGCCAAGAGGAUAUGCCUUCAUUGAGUAUGAGCAUGAAAGAGACAUGCAUGCUGCAUAUAAGCAUGCUGAUGGCAAGAAGAUAGAUGGCAGACGAAUUGUGGUUGAUGUGGAGCGUGGGAGAACUGUGAAGUCUUGGAGACCACGUAGACUUGGUGGAGGCCUUGGUGGGACGAGAUGUGGAGGGCCAGACCAGAACGUCAAACACUCCGGCCGAGUGGAUAGCGAGAGAUACGAGGACCGUGAAGAUAGGGAGCGGGGAGAGCGUGACCGUGACAGACGUAGAGAGCGUGACCGUGGAGAGCGUGACCGCGGAGAGCGUGACCGCGGAGAGCGUGACCGUGGAGAGCGUGACCGCCGUAGAGACAGGGACCGUGACAGGGAUAGGGACAGAGACAGGGAGAGACGGCGUCGUAGUAGGUCACGUGAGAAGGAUCGAGAGGGAGAGAAGCCCCGGGACCGUGACCGAGAUCGCAGGCAUCGUGAUCGUGACCGUGACAAAGAGCGUGACAAGGACCGUGAUUAUCAUCGUGACAAUGAUAAAGUACGCCAGGAAGACGAAGAGAUGGAGAAUGGCCAGUACGGUGGCUACGUCAAACAAGAGAACAGCAUUGAAGUGGCUGAAUAACCACGAUUCAGAGGCUAGGCAUUCUGAAGCAGCAACGUACCGACCGGAACAGUAGAAUGUGUUAUUAGCCACAGGCGACGCAACCAUCCCACUCUCGCAUCAGCACUCCACUUUUCAGUUGAUUGUUGUCUGAGAUUUUUAUUAUUGAGUAUGAUUGUGACGGGUGAAUUUUCAGGUCUGAAUGUUGAUAAGCCUGUGGCAUGGCUUGCAGUGGAAUCCAAGCAUCCCUCUGCCGGACGUACACUUUCCCAUGUACUCAUUUUGUAUUCAUUUUAUCUGUAAAGUUAUUUCACAUCAAUAAAGUAAAUAGAGGCUUGA